AUGGCAGCCUCGCGAAUGUUUGUCGAUGCACAUAUUGUCCGUAUAUGCGAGGAGGUGGAAGCAAUACAUAUCCGCAAGCAAGCAGAAGCAUGCGCCCAAAUCUACACCGAACAAAAUAUCCAGAUUUGGCAGCCCUCCAAGGGCGGAAUUGGGAUUCUAACCUUGCACGUCUUCGAAGGGAAGCUUAAUCGGGCCGUUGGAUGUGGAAGUGAUGGUCCACUUCAGGAGGAGGAUCUGAUGGAGCUGGAGUCGAUCUUCGCUACCUGA